AUGCACGACGUCAAAGCAUUCAGCAGUGCCGCUGAAGAAGCAAGGCACUGGAAGGAACAGGUAGAGGAAAUGCGCGCCGCUCUGCAUGAGGCCGAGUCAGGUCUGCAGGAAUUUAUGGAGAGCAGCAAGGGGCUGGAGGCCGAGAUGGAGGCUGAUAUGACCGCGGCGAAUAAGCGUGCGGAAGCGCUCGAAACAGAGAACGAGCAUUUGCGCGCAGAUGUGGAAGAGUGGCGGUCCAAGUACCAAAAGUCUAUGGGUGAGCACAGCAGGACGCUGGCGGAUCUGCAGCACGAGCUCACCAAGUUGCGUGAAACGCAUGACGUAUACAAAGCGCGCCUUCGCGAUAUGGAAGUGGACAAUGACACACUCGAGAAUGCCGAGCGCAUGAUCAACUCGUCCCUCAAGGACAUGGAAACGCGAUACCACCAGGCCAUGGAGCGCACUGUGCUGCUCGAGACGGAGCUGGAAGACAAGGCACGUCUCGAGACCGAGAACCAGCGGCUCAAGGACGAGCUGCGCGAACUGCGUGAGGAAGUCGCUGUGCUGCAACGCUCUGAAGCAACGCGCCAGGACCAAGGCGAACUUACGCUGAGUGACCUGGUAGUCGUCAAACCCCGUCCGGACCGCACUUCUGACGCAGUGAGCCCUCUGGAGCGACUUCGUGAGCACAUGCAGCAGUUGCAGCAGCGCCUGCAGCGUGCGCAGACAGCAGGCGUUACAUCUACCCAUCUACAACGGUAUCAUUGGCAACGCAGCUCGAUUCCUCGUCCGCGUUCCAGUAUGUCGGCCAGCGGCAGCGCCGGUGCUCCUGCUUCACCAGCCGCGUGGCGUGCGCCCACACCGUCACGACCAGAGACGCCAGCAGAUCGUCGCCCUGGCAGCUCGAUUCCAGUGCCUGUGGGUGGCCUAAGCCGCUCUCAGUCACGCAGCCGACCGCCGUCGCGUCUCGUGCAAGAGGUACAACAAUCGCCCGUCGGUCCCGUGCCCUUCGAGUUCAUGGAGCACGAUCCAGCCGCCUCACCGAUGCGUCAAAGCUCACUGGGGAGGCGGCGUAGUCUGGGUGGAAGCAGUCUCAGCGGUAUUCCUUUGCCGUCGCGCACGCCAUCUCGACCCCCUUCUGCCUUGCGCUCGCCCACCAAAGUGCCGCGGCCCAUCUCACCCAGCAAACGCUCCUCGGUCAUGUCGCCGACGCCGUGGCGAUAG